AUGUCACCACAAACAGAGACUAAAGCAAGUAUUGGAAUCAAAACUGGUGUUAAAGACUAUAAAUUGACUUAUUAUACUCAUGAAUAUGAAGUCAAAGAUACUGAUAUCUUGGCAGCCUUCCGAGUAACUCCUCAACCUGGAGUUCCACUUGAGGAAGUAAGGGCCACUGUAGCUGUUGAAUCUUCUACUGGUACAUGGACACCUAUAUGGACCAGUGGGCUUACCAGCCUUGAUCGUUACAAAGGGCGAUGCUGCCACAUUGAGCCUAUUCCUAGAGAAGAAGAUCAAUAUAUAUGUUACCCAUUCCAAAUUUCAUUCCAAUCAAACGAUCAGCGUCUACCAAUAUAUCUUGCGGUAACAAAAAUGUAUUAUUCUAAGGAUUCAGAAAAUGCUGGAUCUCUGCCUACACAAGAAAAUUGUUGA